AUGGGGCUGGGCAAAACCAUCCAGAGCAUCUCGCUGCUGGCUCACCUGGCCUGCGAGAAAGGGCUGGGCAAAACCAUCCAGACCAUCUCGCUGCUGGCUCACCUGGCCUGCGAGAAAGGGGUGGGGCUGGGCAAAACCAUCCAGACAAUAUCGCUCCUCGCUCACCUGGCCUGCGAGAAAGGUAGCUGGGGCCCUCACCUGAUCAUCGUGCCCACCUCGGUGAUGCUCAACUGGGAGAUGGAGCUCAAGCGUUGGUGCCCCAGCUUCAAGAUCCUCACCUACUACGGGGCGCAGAAGGAGCGGCGCCUCAAGAGACAGGGCUGGACCAAGCCCAACGCGUUCCACGUGUGCAUCACCUCGUACAAGCUGGUGCUGCAGGACCACCAGGCGUUCCGCAGGAAGAACUGGAAGUACCUGAUCCUGGACGAGGCGCAGAACAUCAAGAACUUCAAAUCCCAGCGCUGGCAGUCCCUGCUCAACUUCAACAGCCAGCGCCGGCUGCUGCUGACGGGCACGCCGCUGCAGAACUCGCUGAUGGAGCUGUGGUCGCUGAUGCACUUCCUCAUGCCCAGCGUGUUCCAGUCGCACCGCGAGUUCCGCGAGUGGUUCCACAACCCCCUGACGGGCAUGAUCGAGGGCAGCCAGGAGUACAACGAGAGCCUGGUGAAGAGACUGCACAAGGUGCUGCGGCCGUUCCUGCUGCGCCGCCUCAAGGUGGACGUGGAGAAGCAGAUGCCCAAGAAGUACGAGCACGUGCUGCGGUGCCGCCUGUCCAAGCGCCAGAGGUUCCUCUACGACGACUUCAUGGGCCAGGCCAGCACCAAGGCGACGCUGGCCAGCGGCCAUUUCAUGAGCGUCAUCAACGUGCUGAUGCAGCUGCGCAAGGUGUGCAACCACCCCGACCUGUUCGAGCCCCGCCCCGUGACGUCACCGCUGGUCACGCCCGGCCUCAGCCUGGGCGCGCCCGCCCUGGUGCUGCGGGCGCUGGAGCCACACCCCUUCCAGCAGGUGGACCUGUCCCCGUUCGAGCUGGCGUCGCUGGAGUCGCACCUGUCCCGCUACGCCUCCGAUUGGUUCCUGCCGCGCUUCCGCGUCACGCGGCGCCACCUGCAGGACGUGGCCGCCGCCCCCGAGCCGCCGCCCCGCCCCAAACCCGUGCGCAUGAAGGUGAACAGGAUGCUGCAGCCGGUGCCGAAGGCGGAGCCUCGGGCGGUUUUGCUCCUCCCCGCCCCUCGCCCCGCCCCCGGGGGCGUGGCCUCGCCCAGCCCCGCCCCCUCCGCGCCGAGCCCCGCCCCCUCCGCGCCGAGCCCCGCCCCCUUGCUGGUGCAAGCCCCGCCCCUCGUCACGCUGAGCCACGCCCCCAGCGCUGGCCCCGCCCCCCUGGUGACGACGCAGGGGGCGGGGCUGAACCUGGGGCUGGGAUUGGCGCUGGCCCCGCCCCGGGCCACGCCCACUCUGCUGGCUCCGCCCCCCGGAGGGCCCGCCCACGGAGUGCUCUCCCGGCUGCUUCGUUGGCCACGCCCACACCCGGCGGGAGGCCCCGCCCCCGUGGCCACGCCCACACCGAAUAUGGGCAAAGGGGCGGGGCCGGCCCCGCCCCCUCCCGUGGGGGGCGUGGCCACGUUCGCGCUGCCCCAGCGGCUCCUGCUGGCCCCGGACAUGCAGGCCCGGCUGCCCUCGGGAGAAGUCGUAAGCCUCGGCCAAUUGGCGGCCCUGGCCCAGCAUCGCCCCUCCCCUCCGGGGGGCGUGGCCAAACCCUCGCCCCUCCCACCCGCCGCCGUGGCCACGCCCCCUCCGGCCUCGGCCCCGCCCCCUCUGACGCUGCAGCUCCAGGGCAGCAAAGUCACGCUUGGCCCCGCCCCCCCAUUACGUCAUCUGGCCUUGGCCCCGCCCCCCGGCCGGGGGCUCGCACGUAACGUGGUUCACCUGGUGGCCGCGGGGGGGCAGCACCUCCUGGCCCCCCGGCCCAG